AUGACAACGAAUACAUUUUACAAUCCGACAAAAAAACGUGUGCCACUUGCUAAUAUUAAUGAAAGAUUGCCAAGAAAACGUCCGAAUCAUAAUAAUGGUCUAACAGAUGAAAUUUUAUAUUUGUUCAACUUUGAAUCACAGCCAGGCGGAACACGACGAUACCAAGUCGCCGAUAUUGAUGUUUUUAUUCAUGAAUAUUAUCAAUUGCCGGCGAAUCAACGACACUGUUAUGAAAUCAUCGUUGAUAAAAAACCAUCGAAACUUUAUUUUGAUCUUGAAUACGAUAUUACUGCUAACCCAACGAUUGAUGGACCUAAGCUAACAAACAAUUUCAUCCAGUUUGUACUUAGUUUUAUGCGUAUAAGAAGUGACGAACUGAAUUAUUCUGCUAAAGAUGUACUCGUUCUAGACUCAACAUCAUCAAGAAAAUUUAGUCGCCAUCUAAUCUUUCAAACUAAAGAUCCAUUCUUAGAUAAUCAAGCUGUCGGAAAGUUUGUGGAUCUCAUCCUCGAAGAUAUUCACGGCUGCUUAAUCAAUCAUCAAUGUGCAGCAACUGAAAAUGUUUCACCAUUCGAAAAUCAACAAACAUCAUUAACGUUGGAUUCGACGGUUUUCGCGAAGAAUCUUCUAGUUUCACUCCAGCCAUAUCUAUCUCGAUUUGAACAUUGUACAUGUGUUGAUGACGAUUCACAACUACGUUUUAGAGAUAUUAUUGAAUUUGUUUUAAACAAAAAUGGUAACAAUGGAAUAACAUGGUUUUGUGAUAUAGGUGUUUACACCAAAAAUCGUGCAUUUCGAUUAUUACGAUCUAGUAAAUUUGAUAAACUAGAAUAUUUUACUGUUGCACCUGAAAGUCAAUGGAAACCACAUACACAACGUCCUGAUCCACAUUUAUCAGGGCCACCAACUGAAGCUGAACGACAAAUAUUCAUGGCUUCGUUAGUUUAUUUUAAUGGGCCCAUUCGACGUUUUAUUCACGUCGAUGAUGUAUGCACAACUAGUAAUACGAAAUCUGUAAAUCCACGUUCACAACAAUCAUCAUACGUAAUAGACGAUCUCGACAAGGUGCGAUUAGAUUAUCCUGAACUUGCCAAUUUCAUGGAUAAUGUUGCACAAAAUAAAAACGAUGCUGCAGGUGAUCAACGUAUGAGUCGUCUAUAUAAAGCUAAACAUAUUCAAAAUGAUUUUCGAUGGGAGAUCGGUUUCUUAUAUGCUGGCAGUUACAAAUAUUGUGAACGUAUUCAACGGCAUCAUAAAAAUAAUAACAUCUACUUUGUAGUCGAUAUGCGUAAAGGAACUUAUCGGCAAAAAUGUCACGAUUCAGAUUGUCAAAAUUUUCAAGGCAUUGAAAAGCCAUUACCAGCAAAUACAACACCAUGGUUAACCGUAGUGAAUCAAGACUGGGAUAAUAUAAGUCCAAGGUCGAUGAAAGAAACACUCUAG